UUUUCCUUCGCUUUCUUCCCCUCCAUCCUUCGUCCCGUUGCGCCCAUCCUCUACAUCGCAAGAACAUAUCAUUGUUCGCGGAUCCCUCAGCAUGCGUCGCUGACUUCAACAAACUAUUCAUACAAGUCAUCUUUCUCCCGAGAGUGGGCCUGUUUGCGCGCUUUGCAAGCUCCAGCAAACUUUUGCGACCCGAUGCCUACAACUCUAGCCAACAUCUCCAACAACGACCCAGGAGCCACUUCAACCUCGCCGACCUCGAAAGGCUCAGUCGCUCAGAGUGACAGCGACGAGAAAAAGACAGUCAGACUACACAUUACUCCGUUCAACCCGGCGCUGUCGAAAAUUUAUCUACCACCAUCUCUGCUCCCACUCGCGCAAAACAUCUCAUACCACUCGGUCGAGACUUUUCCCGAGAAAGGCUUUGGUUACGUAGAGCUUCCCGUCAUGGAGGCGCAAAAGUUGAAGAAGAAGCUUAAUGGCUCUACACUAAAGGGAUCAAAGGUGCGGAUAGAAGAUGCAAAGCCAGAGAAGCGCAAAGUCAGCGAAGAUGUGUCGGAAGUGAAGGAUGAAGAAGAGAGACCGAAGAAGCGCUCUAAGAAGGCGAAGAAAGAGAAUGGUGUCCUGGAUGGUACCGAGUUACCAGACGACAGAAAAGUCAAGCGCGGGUGGACGGAGCCACCGACCAAGAACAAGAAGGAGAAGAGGGAGAAGAAGAGCAAAGACAAGGAGAAAGGGAAAGAGAAGAAACCGCGCAAGGAAUCAAAGUAUACCAAAGACCCCGAGUUGCUGUUCAAAGCGAAGCUCACCCCCGUAGCCGCAGCCGAGGUCUCCGCGAAAGAAAAAAAGGACAAGAAGAAGGAGAAAAAGAAGUCCAAAGCAGCGAAAGAGGUUGUGGUUCACGAGUUUGAGAAGAAUAUCAAGCAACCUAGUUUUCUGAAGCAAACCGCCGUCUCUACUGAGAAGAAACCAGCAGUGGAAUAUAUCAAUGGCCAAGGGUGGGUGGAUGAGGACGGCAACGUCGUGGAAGCCGAGAUAGGGAAGGUAAGGAACAGAAGACUAUUGGAACUGGUCGAUCCUAUGCCAGCAAAGUCUACGAGCGAAAAGCAGCAAUCCAGUACCCCGUCUCCCAAGUCGUCACCGGCGCCUCGCUCAUCCAAGAAGGAAAAGAAGCCGAUAACAAAGGCAGCGUCUCCACUUGGGGCGUCUGAACCCGAAGACGAAGCUUCGUCGGUGGUUUCGUCAUUGUCCUCUGAAGAAGAAUCCGAUUCUGAUUCCGACUCUGAAGCUGACCCUGAAGUUGAGGCCAACAACUCGGCUUCGUCACCGGCCCAAGCGUCCAAGGGCAACACGCCCGAGAUAUCACUCACACCCUCUUCCCCGGUGACGAAAGAAGUACAUCCACUGGAAGCCAUUUUCAAACGCGCAAAGCCAUCACUAUCGUUGGGCUUGGACGCGACAUCGACCCCUGGCAAAGGCUUAGCGCCUAUCAACACGUCGUUUUCGUUUUUCGAGAAUAACAACAGCACCAGCCCCACGGGUGAGUCGAUGGAGGUGGAUGGCGACACGGCCGAAAAUCUACCCGCGACCCCGUACACGCAACGCGACCUCGAAUGGCGCGGGCUGCGCAGUGCAGCGCCCACACCCGAUACAGCGGCGGUGGGGCGGCGGUUCUCUUUCCCCUGGCGCAAUGGCAGCCAGGAAGUGGACGAGGACGAGGACGAGGACGAAGAGGAAGAAGAAAGCGACAACGAGGGGAAGCUGGAAGCGGUCAAGGAGCUUUCGAGCAAUACCAAGGCCAACGCCUCCACGGCAAGCCAUCUACCCCUGGUGGCUGAAGAGAAUGAGGACGAGGACGCCGUGGCGGUCGCUGGGGGAGGGGCGGGCGGGCGCAAAGCCAGCGAGGACGAAGCGGAGGUACCCGAGAGCGAGUUCAAGAAGUGGUUCUGGGAAAACCAGGGGAGUGUCAAUCGGGCGUGGAAGAAGGGCAGAAGGGGCACGAUGAAAUCCAAGAGGUUGACUGAUAAUAAGAAGGCUGUGGGUGGUGGAAGGCGGGCGGAUUAA